AUGGACUCGCAGACAGCAGACAACUUCCGGUCAUUAGACUUGGGGUUUUCAUUGUCCGAUAAUGACUGCAUGUUGGACAUCCAUGGUCAACCAGAGUCAGACAUCUUGGAUAUGCAAUUCCCCAUCUUGUAUGAUGAUGACUGGUCAGAUGAGUCAGAGGGUCCAUUGGAAAUGGAAUGUCCUCCAGAGUCUGCUGAUGAUGUAUUCAACAUGGGAUGUCUACUUGAGUCUGGAGAUGAUGGAGAAUCACUUCAUGCAGGGUUCAAUAUCAAUCCUACACCUUACCCAGCGAACAGUUUGCCAAACCAUCUUGACAUCAGUGAUCCCUCCGGCAACACAGAAUAUGGGGCUCUGGAGAUGAGGCUCAACAUACAUCCGGUAGAUGAUGUUCCAGACAUAGGGAAUAAUAUUCAAUCAGAAGAAAAUCCUUUAGAGAUGGGUUUUGAGAUGGAUCCAGUGCAUGAUGCUCUGGAUUAG